AUGAUUGUGUUGAAUAAUCCUAACAAUCCAACGGGUAAAUUGUACUCUCGCGAAGAACUCGAAGCUAUCGCUGAAAUGGCGCGUGAUUUCAAUCUGAUUGUGGUAGCAGAUGAAGUUUACGAAUGGCAUGUAUGGAAUAAGAAGAUGAUUCGCUUUGCUAGUCUUCCUGGAAUGUAUGAUCGAACAAUUUCAAUUGGCAGUGCAGGGAAAAGCGUUCUCUGUAACAGGAUGGAAGUUGGGUUGGUGUGUUGGUCCAGAACAUCUCUUGACUCCACUGAAGAGGAUACACCAGAACUGUGUUUUCACAUGCAGUACUCCAACCCAAGAGGCUCUCGCGUGCGCUUUCGAAAAAGAGUUGGUCUAUUC